CCCGCCCCCUUGUACCAAAGCUUGUGUCAAUGUUUACAACUUUCUCUCUAUUAUGUCUGUAUUUCUAACUCACCUUUAAAAGGAAUCUCUGUCAGUGUUUAUGAAGUGCAGUUCAUAAAAGAUAACCAGACUGCGCAUCACUUGCAUUCAUGUUCAUUUUGUGUAGCUGCAAUUCUGUGAUAAGAGUAAAUGUAUAUGUCUAUUCUUACAGGACAGCUAUGACUUUUCUUUUCUUGUGACUUCUAGUCUCAGAUAAGUACACAGCUGCACGAUCUGAUACUCCUGUGUUGGUGUUGUUCCUGGAACAUUUAAAAUUUUAUACCAUGGUCUGGUUCAUCAGCAUGAUAAGAAUGAGAUCUGCCUGAAAUGACAGAGAGCAUUUUUAUUAUGGCCUAUGUCCCAGUCGCUUAGAUGGACAAGGAGGGACUUGUGACCUAUACCGCAGCCACUCAUUCAGGGUUAGUCGAGAGGUUAUGGUUUCACCUUUGGGGAGCGGCCAUGUUGUCCAUCUAGACAUACAGUCAAUUAUAUUACAAAUUCCAUUUAGUUGCUUCAGUUUCAGGGUCUGGGAUUUGUUUAUGCUGACUCACCGUCAUUGCUAAAAGCAACAUUCACACUAAGGUGACCAUCAUCAAUGUGAUUAAGAAAAAAAAAUCUAUAUGUGAGAAAACCUGGAAUCGUUGGCUGUUUAAUUGACGGACUGUUCAAUAAUCAUUAACCAAUCAAUCAUUAUCAGCACAAUAAGAACUGUUCAUUUAUAGAUCAAAUGGGGGGGGGGGGCAAGGGGCGAAGAGUAGCAUAAGAAUAAGAGAAACAUGACCAAAAUCGACCAUUCCGGUUUUGACAUUAAGAGGUUUUGUCAUUAGAAUCGUUUUUAUCUUGUCUUCUUUCUUCAUCUAUGUCAUGUCUACGUUAGUCGUGAAGAAUACGUGGUGCUAAAAUGCAUUAUUUACACAGGAAAUCACGAUUUUGAUCAUAAUCAUAAUCGUUAGCUGUUCAGGCGUUUGGACCAACAACUAACAUUACAGUUAUCAUAACGCUAAGCUAGUUAAUGCUAAUUCAGCUAACGAAAGCGGAGUUUAUGUGAACACAAGAGCCGUUUACUCUGUUACGUGAACAACACUGCAGCCACUUAAAUAUGAAGUCAUAGGAGGCCGUUUGUGAAGCAGGCGAAGGGAGUGAAAAACUGGGAACAUGGAAACAAUUCAAGUGGCCUAGAAGAGGAGUGCCUCUACAUGUGACAUCACAAGAAACUUGAAACCAUCAUUUUCAGCGGCCCUUCCUCCUCACUGCCUGCUCCCACUUUUGCUCCCCUCUCCCCAAACUCUCCCUCGCUUCUUUGCUGGGCUCCAUAAACAUCAGCAUUGCCAUCGUCCUGGGCCAAACUACACCUCUGAUCCCAGGACUUCACCACACAGGUUCCCCUGUGCUUCGUAGAGUCAGCUGGGUCUGCUUCUGGAGAUUUCCCUGUUCAAUUGAAAAUUUCAAGUUCCAUGAAGAAAUAAGUGAGGCUCUGUACUCGUCAGAAGUAUGGAACUGCAGAAACUAUCAAAUGGUAGUCACCAACAUGAUGCUGCUGGUUCUGUGGAGGGAGGAGUCCCACCAGAGGAGGAAAAGUUCCUGCAACACAAGAGUGAUGGAUCGAAGAGACCUCAGUUCACAGAUUUUGAAGGUAAAACCUCCUUUGGGAUGUCUGUCUUCAACCUGAGUAAUGCCAUCAUGGGCAGCGGCAUCCUGGGUCUGUCAUAUGCCAUGUCAAACACCGGCAUUGUCCUCUUCCUGAUCUUGCUGACAUGUAUUGCCUGUCUGUCCUGUUAUUCCAUCCACCUACUGCUACGCAGUGCUGGAAUUGUGGGUAUACGUGCCUAUGAGCAGCUUGGCUUCAGAGCUUUUGGUCAUCCAGGGAAGAUUCUAGCAGCUGUCAUCAUAACCCUACAUAACAUUGGAGCCAUGUCCAGCUACCUGUUCAUAGUAAAAUCUGAGUUACCACUGGUCAUCCAAGCCUUUCUUGGCCAGACAUCCAGUUCUGACGACUGGUUCAUGAAUGGAAACUACCUCAUCAUCAUUGUCACUGUCUGCAUCAUCCUUCCACUAACGUUGAUGAAACACCUUGGGUACCUUGGUUAUACCAGUGGCUUCUCUCUGUCCUGCAUGGUCUUCUUCCUCUCUUCGGUAAUCUACAAGAGAUUCAACAUUGCCUGCCCUCUGGAAUUGUUCGGCAACUAUUCUGUGAACACAGUGGUCCCAGAGGACACAUGCACCACCAAAUUCUUCACCAUCAACCAAGAGACGGCAUACACCAUCCCCAUUCUGGCAUUUGCCUUUGUAUGUCACCCUGAAGUGCUUCCCAUCUACACUGAACUGAGCAACCCAACCAAGAGGAGAAUGCAGAAUAUUGGCAAUGUUUCCAUCCUGGGCAUGUUCAUCAUGUACUUCUUCACUGCCAUAUUUGGCUAUCUGACUUUCUACGAGAACACUGAGGCAGAGCUCCUCCAUACCUACAGUAAGGUGGACCCCCUGGACACUCUGAUCCUGUGUGUGCGGCUAGCUGUCCUGGUGGCUGUCACUCUGACUGUACCCGUGGUCUUGUUUCCCAUACGCCGUGCCCUCCUGCAGCUGCUGUUUCCAGGGAGGCCCUUCCACUGGCUCCGUCACAUCAUCAUCGCCAUGUGUCUGCUGUUUGCUGUCAACCUACUGGUCAUCCUCGUUCCCAACAUUAGAGACAUAUUUGGCAUUACUGGGGCUACCACUGCUCCCAGUCUGAUCUUUAUCCUUCCUGGACUCUUCUACAUCCGCAUUAUACCCACCAACCAGGAGCCCAUGACCUCCAGACCAAAGAUCCAGGCUGCAUGUUUCACAGCACUGGGUUUCAUAUUCAUGACCAUGAGCCUUACAUUUAUUGGGAUUGACUGGGUGAGCGGAGAAAAGCGAAAUCUCGGCGGCCAUUAAAGAGCAACCCCCUGAACCCUACAAUAACAGCAGCCCAUUGCUGCACUCUUCAUCCAGUCCUCUGAAAGGGAAGCAAGACUCAACCACUGUUGAAAAGCUUGUGGCUUUGGUGGGACUGUUUUAUUAAUCAUAAGGACAAUCCAUCCAUCGAGAGUGAUAAGAUGAGCCCAUCUUUGUCCCGUCACCCACCCAGGUUGAUAUAUACCACCAGGCUCUAUCACAGGUGGUGUUCCUUUGUUCUAAAUAAAGAGCUGAGGGGCAUGUUGACCAUGGAAGCCCCUCAACCACUAUUUGCCUUAACAACAGCUAAAUGUGGUGUGUAAUAAGAGCAAUAUUAAAGCAAAUUGGACAAAUGUCUAAAUGCAAAAAAGCAUUUGAUCUGCUAAGUUUGAUGGAGACAAUGUAUUUGUUAUGUGCUUGAUAUAAUUGCUAUUCAAAAAGAGAUUCCAUCACAGUGUUUAACAUUAUAGUCCAGUAAUUUCUGUUAAUCUGUGAGCCACAAGAGUAUUAGGUGACCUAACAGAUGCCUUCAGAUAAUUUACUUCAAUUGAUGUGUUGGUGUAAUUCUACAGAGUGGUGUUUGGCAAACUGGAAGAACACGUGUGGUUUCCAUUAGCCAAAGUCGAACGUUAAGUUUAUACAGCUGUGAACCAAUUAAUUUGGUAUGAUUUAUUUGUGAAUUUAUUCUGGACAGGUGGAUGUUCAGUGUUCAUGUUGUUCAAUAAAAGUUCACAUGUUGAAACCUGUUUUGUUUGUUUAUGG